AUGUCGUCCGACACUGCUGCGUCCUGUCUGCUGGACAUCGUCGUCUUCGCCGGUGGCGACUCGCUGGAUCUAAUGCCACUGACUGCCGUGGAGCAGAAGGCGAUGUUGCGCAUCUGCAACCGCCCCCUGAUUUGGUACUCCAUCACUCCAUGGAUCGAGGCAGGCUUUCGCAGCUUCUUCUUGUGUGUCAACGAGGACUACGCAACGCUGCGAGCGUACCUCUCUCGCGCCUUUGACGGGGUUGACUUCCACUAUAUACUUGUUCCCUCCAACGUGGGCGAUCACCCAUCCACAACAUGCGACGCUGUCAAGGCGUACCUCAAGUACAAGGAGGCGCUGCGGCUUGGCGAGGAGGACACUCUCGCUCAGACCUCCGGUGGUGCUCUGAAUUGCGAGGACACCGUGAUAAGCGUGGAGGGAAGCGGCGGUCACUUUCCUCAGGUGACUUCACUGCAUGAGACCCAGCUGUACCGCGGCGCCAGUGAAAGCCGAAACCACGGCGGCUGCGCCAACCCCAUUAAUCGAGACCCGCUGAAGCUUGAGCGCAUGAACAGCGCCGGCCUCCCCCGCGACGCUCUGCUGCUGAGCUGCGAUACCAUCCUCGUCGACGUUGAUGUGGCGAGCUUUGUAGAGCGGCACUAUGCUUCUCUAGCGUCCGUGACAGCAAUGCUGUAUCGCCCUUUGUGCAAGCGCGGCGGCGGUGGCAGUGGUGGUGAUCACAAGGUCCGCCACCGACAUAGGAAAGACGGUGGUAUCGCGUCAGUCAAUGCCGUCGAGGCGUCGUACACCCACGGGCUGUCAUGCGUUGCCUACGAGGAAGCAGAUGCGCUUGCCUCCAUGGCACUUGGUGCGACCUCUAACACACCGACCUUCUCAUGUAGCCGUCGUUUACCGAGUGGAGCGCUAUCGCAGCUGCAGCGCGCAUCUGCCAGCCUGAGUACACAUUCACCCUGCGAGGCACGCACCAUGGCUGCCGAUCUCGGUCACGUCCAUCAUCACCGCAUGCACUACCUUAACCCACUGGAGGGCAAGCCGGAGGUGCGUAUCACCAUGGCGUUUGCAGCGCGCCGUCCCGACAUGACGUUCGCCGCCGAUGUCGUCGACGCGCACGCGUACCUAAUGAACCGUUGGGUGCUCGAGUUCAUUGCGGAGUCCGCAGGGGUUGCGGACAUGACCGUCCGCAAAGACAUUCUGCCCCUGUUGGCACGUAGCCAACACACCACCGUCAACACUUCUGAGAGGGCGUUUGCGACGCCGGCGGAGAAGCUGAAGGUGAACGUGCCGCAUCACUGGCUCAGCGAGGGCGCGGGGAUCUCUGCGCAGUCGCUGAACGCCGCGUGUGGGCUUGCGCUUCCGGAGGUGGCGGACUCGCUGCGUGUGUUCUGCAGCAUCUACGAGGAGGACCCCGACAAGGCGUGCCGUGUCUAUCGAAUGAACACCCGCGACAACUACCGCGCACUGAACGACGACAUCAUUUCUGCCAAGUGCUCUCAGCUUCACCUAGAGGAGCCACUGCUGAACGCCGGGGGUGCUGCGGGGUCUGGUGGUGCAGGCGGCGGCGGCACCGGUGUAGUGAAUCGCUUCACGUUCCCAUCCUUGCUUCCCCACGGCGGCGCGCACCCUGGUCACUACGGUGGUACUGGGGGCGCAGCCCAUGGCGACAGCAGCAAACCGGCACCGUCCGCUGGCGCUAUGGCCCUUGCCACGCUGCUUCCCGACAACCCCAUCACACUGCGGGAGAGGAUUGACGACCAGCAGGUGUACAUUGUCGGCAGCUUUAUCGACUCCGUACCGCCACCCAACGUGUUUGUGACGCGCAGCGUGAUUGGCGCGCACGUCACGCUGGAGCCCGGCGCUCGCAUCACGGACAGCAUCCUCAUGGGCAACGUUGAGGUGGGUGCGAAGGCGGUCGUGCUAAACAGUGUCAUCGGCACCGGCGCCGUAGUGAAUGCCGGAUGUCGUGUUGUCGGUACCACUGUUGGACCCCGCUGCGUCGUCGAGGAGAACGCGAGUGACACGAUCAUUGAGUGA